AUGACAGCCCACGUUCCUCCUCCCAAUUCGCACCUCGAUGAUAUCGUAUCACAAUCCGACGAACUGUCUUCCUCUUGUCCAAAGACUUCCGCCGCUGCACAACCAACUGAUAAUUCCAUGUUAUCUGAUCGGGCUUCCGGUGGUGCAAUGGCUACACCCACCUCUGCCUCCGAAAAGGCUGACGAGGCUGGGAUCGAUGAUGCUAGGACCAAGAUUUCCAAUUUGCUAAAGGAUAAAGAACAAGAAUGGGCCGCUGUAAUGGAGAGGAAUGGUCCUUUGCGGUUGCUGGAUUUACCCAUGGAUGUUUUAAAAGAAAUUGUUACUCAUACGAAUGAUUUGACUUCACUUGCACUCACUCAUUCCGCCUUGCAUAACCUAGCGAUACCCUAUAUCUAUUCGCGGUUCGAUAUCGUUUGGCCCGAUGCACAUGCUACGUCUGAUCCGAGGACGGGCGUCGAUGCGCUUACUUAUGGACUUUCUACUCUAUGUACGGGGAACGCCUUCACGAAUUCAAAUCCAGCACAAGCUUUUGUUUGUAAACAUUGCGGAACAGAUAAUUCCACAGAUUGCAGCCAUGGAGUCAAACCAGAGCUCUCUAGCGCCCCCGGGCGUAUUGGCAAUGAAUAUCCACAAUUUACUAGGAAGUUCUCCCUUGGAAACGGACCUACCGACUGGGUACAGGAAUAUCUGAUAACUAAAGAGAGUGGGAAGAUGUUGGGUACUCUUGUUGCAUUGGCCGUCGCUAGGAUGAUAAAUCUGGAAACAUUUGUAUGGGAUAUGCCCACAGGGGUGCUGAGGGACGUUUGGCUUGCCCUAUCCUCUUUACAAUAUAAAAGUACAAACCAAGAAUGCCGAUUGGAGCGUGUUUGGGUCAGGUGGCAUGAUAAUACGGAAGCUAUUCAAAUAUCUCCAACACAGAACCCAAGCUCCCCGGCCAUCACGACAAAUCAAAUGCUGGCUGGGACGAUAAUGAGCUCCAUAGGCUGGGUAGUACCAUCCGGUUCUUCAACAAGUUCACCGACACCUACGCAGCCCAUACAAUAUUCACAAGGUCGUGUGGAGUUUCCUACACUCAGCGUACUUCCACCAUUACGAAGCUUAUCUGUGUUGGACAUUGACGAAAUUGAUUAUCUAGAUGAGAUGAGCGUCUUGGUAGAGCGUUCGAAGGACAAACUUCGGGAACUUCGCAUCGGUAUUUCUACGAAGGCUAUUCAUCGCGAUUUUGCUCUUCCGUGGGACGGACCUGGGCUCCAACAAGUUGAUCACGAAGCGAAGUGGCCUGGUGCAAGUAGGAUCGGCGAGCGAAGAUUAGGUGGGGUUCUAGGAAUCAUCCUGGGUCGCGUGUUCGAUGUUCGAAACAAACGAAAAACAAAAAAUGAGAGAAAGGUUGGGGGGCCUAAAUUAAAUUCUUUCGUGAGCAAUAGCCAGCAGCUUGACCAACAAAAUGGCAACAACACCGCGGAGGAUGCGGUUCCGGAAAUAUCCGGGGAUGGAUAUAUGGAGUCAGGCUGGAGUAAUAAAGAAAGUUUGGUGGCGUCAGGUGGACCUAAUCCCACUGGGAUAGCAUUCAACAUCGAAGCAGACUCCCUUCUAGAUAAUGUUGAUCCUGACCAAGAACAACCCUUGUCCAGUACUCUCCUAACGCCUCACUCUGAUAUGGACUCACUUACUGCGCUAAUCUCCGAACAUCAACUCACCUCAAACAAUGAUAUUACAGUCCAUGAUAUCUUACAACCACAUAUUCCUUCCGAUAUCCCUGCAGAACCUCCUUUGCGACGUUCUCAAUCAUUGAAUAGGAAGCAUGCACAUUUUCCCGAAAUUUCUCCCAGUGCCGCCAGAGACAGGCUUGAAGGGAAACUACGCCUACAGACAUUGGAACUGGAACGGGUUCCUUUAUCCGUGUACGUUUUGCAAAGGGCCUUUGACUGGUCAGUCUUGACCAACCUGACUAUUCUCGACUGUCCACAACACGAUAAACUUUGGUUCACACUCAGAAAACAUUUUGCGCCAUCACCAAUAGGCAACCAUACCUCGACAAAACAUAGCAGUCAAAUGUUAUAUCAUCUGAAUCUCAAAAAAGUCCAUACUGAUGCGGCGUCCCCUUCUCUCAUUUCAUUCCUGAAAGAAACCUUGGCACCAAAUACUUUAGAAACACUGUUCUUACAAGAUCGAAAACGAGCAACAAACUCUUCGGUGACAAUUGAAUCUAUCUAUCGAGGGCCACUCAAGAGACAUCGUGCUAGUCUCAAAAAGCUGUUAUUGGACAGCUCAGAGAGACUACCAAGAAAUGUGAAUAGUUCAGCCGAAUCCUCUAAAUGGAAAGCCUGGAUGCCCAAUCGUGAUGUCCUGAAUUUUAUCACUAGUGGACGUAUGAGCAGUCUCCGCGAAUUAAGUAUUGCAAUUGACUACAAAGAUUGGCAUCACUUUCUCCAACGCCUACCUCAGGUACCUCAACUUCGCUCUCUCAGUAUUCCUUUCAUUGCCGACCAUAUCACUCCCUUAUUCGACCCCAAAGAACUUGCUCAUCAAAUCCUCGACGUCAUUUUUCUCCGCCCCGAAGUCGAACUUUGCUACGUCGGAAUCUCACAUAAAUGUUUCGAAAUUUUAGAAAAUCGCCCUCAUGAAGAACCAUCACAUUUACCAAAUGAUCCUCAUACAUCAGCCGCAAACGGCGAUCCCACAACCGACGAUGAGGAUGAUGAUGAAGAUGGGAGCGAGGAGGAUGAGGAUGAGGAUGAUGAAGAGGAUGAGGAUGGGGAGGAAGAUGAUAACGGGACGGCUAUUGCUCCGAUUGAUCCAGAUGAAACGGAGGACGAGUUAUCUGAUGGCGAGGAGGAUGACGAUGGUGGUGAAAGUGAUGAGGAUAGCUGGGAUGGAGCCAAUGAUUGUGAUGGUAAGGGGAAGGUGAGGUUGAGGUUGAGGGAGAUUCUCUUUUAUGAUGACAAGGUUGCUAUAUUUAAAGCGAGGCAUGGUAGACUUUGA